AUGUCUAUGGAAAAGUAUGUUAUUGUUGCCUUCUUGGAGGAGGAUGAUGCAGUUGCAGUUGUGCCUGCAGCUUGGCUGAUCAACAGCGACUUGUGUUAUUGGCCUCCAUAUACCAGUCAAGACAGAAAAAAUAAAGCGGCAAUAAAUUGUGAAAUACCAUCUGAAAAAUGGUCUAAACAUUCUUGUCGAAUUUUAGGGACCAAAGAUGUUUCAAGACUACGUACAAAACGUAUUCAGAAAUAUCUUGAAGAUGACAACGAUAAUAGUGAUGAGUAUUCUGACAAGGAUUCUCAGCAAAUAAAUAAACAACCCCUUUGCCAAGUUUCUAAGAAAAGGGAAGGUUCUGCAGAAGGGAGCAACAGUCGAUCGAAAACUAAAUCUCACAAACCAGCCCCUAAAUCACCUCCAUUUCCUGUGUCUAGUACUUGCUCUUUAACACCUUCAUCUCCUGUAAUCAGUGAACGAGCCAUACCAGAAUCAAUUUCACAGCCAUUUACUAGAGCUAUUGAACGAGGCUCUGAGUUAUCUACAUCACAUGUAGCUAGUCAACAAUCUGUAACACCUGCAACCACAAGUAGUUGGCAAUCUGCAACAUCUACAUCUGCUGCUUGUUACCGAACUUCAACACAUGCAGCAUCAGAAUUGCAUACAAUCAGUCGGCGUAAUUUAGAAGAUAUAUCAUUUGUUUCAGCAGGCGCCUUUAUAGAAAGAGAGUUAGAACAAGUGAUAGCCAACCUUGUUCCUAAUAUUCCGACUAGUUUGUUAAUUCCAGCUACUAGUUUGAAUGCCACAGAAUUGUCUACAGCAGCUAGUCAUACAUCUGCACAAACAUCAAACAGUGUUUUAAAUAAAAUAUUUACUCUUUUAGUUGAGCUGAAAAGCGAAGUAGCUAAUCUUCAGAAGCAGACUACUUACAACACUACUAUGUUGCAGACUUUGUCACAAGGUGGGAUACAAGACGAUGGCAACAUUUUUGAAACUCUUGAUCUUCCUGUAUGUGACCGAAAACAGCUGCAGCAGCUUGAAGAUAUAAUUACUAAAGACAAUCUUUUAUUUAAUAAACUUGUGCAUGGUGUUGCUUCGAAGGGCGGUCAGGACCUGAAGGAAGUCGUUAGAAGGAUGGUUUCCUCUCUAAUGGAAAACGACGUAGUAAAGCAAAUGAAAUGGUCAGAACUUAGUGAAAAUCUAAAAAAACCCUUUCGUGACUUGAAAUGCCGACAAGUUCUGGAAAGAGCAUUGCGAAGAAAUCCACCAACGAAAGGUGCUUCAGAAAGUUAUGUGCAGAAGGCCGUGGUUCACUAUUUAGCAGGGGCUAGUGAUCGUAAUGGUGGUAGAAAACAAAGAGCCAUUCGACAAUCAAUAAAAAAAACUCACUUUGAACAUCGUGCACUAAUGCCUACAGCUUCAUCGGCAGUUUUAGAACAACCUUUAGUAGCGCCUAAAACUUCAGCGGAAGUUUUACUGCAUCAUUUGCCACUUUUCUGCUCAGACGACUCAAACAAUUAG